AUGCCGAUUCUCUUUCCUUCAGUUGAGUUUAACAUGCUAGUUCUAGCUGGGCUGUGCAUGCUCAUUUACGUUGCCAACAUUGUACAUUUUUCAUGUCGACGAACACUGGCCAGUCCAAUGACAUUGAGCCCAACUCAGAUACUCUGGGGAAUUCUAGGAUUUCUUUCGGCUGUGACAUGUGCGGUCUCCUCCUUUGCUUCUCUGUGGACUGGGGCCUUGGAUAAAAAGUCAAGGAUUAUUACAGCCUCGCUCUGGGUAAAUUCUGGCAAUCUAGCCAUCUAUCUCACAGUAGAUGUACCCCGGCGGUUAUACCCAGUGAUAUGGCUUCAAGCCCCGUCAGGUUCAGGACUCUCCUCGUUGGAUAUAGUCCAGCUAGUGGCGAGCUCUACAUGCUCGAUUCUUGUUCCUAUUCUCUCUCCCACCUUGAACACAUCGGUUAAGGGUGCAUAUCACCCUCAAGAUACAUGUUCGCCUCUCUCCAGAUGGUGGCUUUAUACUUGGGUCAGUCCCCUGGUGACACUCGGCUACGAACGAAACGGCUCCAUCAACAAGGAAGAUCUUUAUCCUCCGAAAAACGAGGCCUCGGUAGAGACUUGGCAACAAGGCUAUGCAAGUUGUGGCCCGGAAUCUUUACCUUUCAAGUUCAUUCUCUGGAAGUUGUUUCGAACGAGGCUAGCUACAAUGGCUCUAUUUGCAGGCCUGUGUGGCUUCUUCGAGCUUGUGGGGACGGUCGGGCUACAUCAGCUUCUUCUUUCCCUUCAAAGUCCAUCUGAAGCCAAGCUUCAACCUUGGUUCUCCAUCACAUUGUUUGCAGUAUCGCCGAUUAUUCGUGGUCUAUGCAUGCAGACUUUCGAGUAUUUUGCUACCCACACAAUAGGAGACUGGAAGGCUCUUAUUAUCGCCGCUGUAUAUCGGAAAAUGAUAAUGCUCGAGGCAGAUGCAGAUAUUAAUAUUGGGCAAUUACAGAGCAUUAUAUCAGUCGAUAUUGACAGGUUGGGUACACUUCGAUACACCGCAAUGACGGCAUUCAUGGUCCCCGUCGAACUCAUCACGGCCUCCAUUCUCUUAUACAGGGUUAUGCAAUGGUACUAUAUCCCCAGCCUGCUAUUUCUUCUUGUCACUAGAUAUCCUCUUUCCCGAUUCAUAAUAUUGGAACAAACCAAAUCUCAGUCAGCGAUCGUGCGGGCAACCGAUAGGCGGAUAACACGAACAAGUGAAAGCAUACGGGCUCUACUAAUGAUCAAGAUACUGGGAAACGCACAGUCUUUUAUAAGAAGGAUUUUGGAUGAGAGGAAGCAAGAGUUAGAUGCUAUCUGGCUGAAGAUGCGUGUCAUCAUUCUCUCAGAAAGCCUUUCCUCUUCAUGCUCCUUUCUGGCAAUGGUCCUCAGUCUAUGCCUUUUCAUAUUCGCAGGGGAAAAGCCUUUGGCGCCGGAUAUUGUCUUUACACUUGUCGCUGUUUUCAACAUAAUCAAGAGUAUGCUUACCUUAAGUGUACUUGGUGCUGGGCAAUACGCGCAAGCGAUGGUGAGCUUGCAACGAUUAAGCGACUUUAUGGACCGCAAGACUUCCCCGGUGGCCACAGACAAAACCCAGCUUAUGAUGCAGGCACAAAGAUUAGACCAGCGGGUUCCCUCAUUUUCCACAGCGCAGGUCCUCGGGGAGUUCAAUCACACUCAAGCCAGGCUUGACGUCGAGUUUGCCAGAGGCGGACUCAAUGUGAUUACGGGUGAUACUGGGUCAGGAAAAACUUUGUUAUUACACUCAUUGCUGCUUGGUGGUUCUGCAAACCAAGGCAGCAUAGGGCUCGGCAAAGGACAAUUCGAGCCGAUUGCCUACGCAUCUCAAGAAGCUUGGCUCUUCCGAGGCAGUAUCAGGGACAACAUUGUAUUCGGGACUGCAUAUGAUCAAAAGCGCUACGAGCGGGUCAUUAGAGAUUGCGCGCUAGAGAAAGAUCUUGCAACUUCCAAGGACGGCGACCUCAAAGAGGUAGGUGAAGGUGGCCACAGUCUCUCUGGGGGUCAGCGUCAGCGGGUGUCCCUUGCCCGAGCAAUGUAUACGAACGCAAAUCUCGUCAUAUUGGAUGAUAUCCUUUCGGGGUUAGAUCCAAGCACCUUCGAGUGGGUUGUGACGAAAUGCAUCUUCAGAUCGGAGCAGCGGAAUCGCACAAUGAUAAUGGUUACGAAUAGUCAGAGAAUACUCCAGAUGGCUGAUCUAGUCAUUCACGUGGAGAAUGGCAGAAUCGCGCAAAUUAAGAAGAAUCUCAGCACCGAAAGCACACAAGACGUGCCCGACAGUGAUUACGUCGAUCUUUCGUUCCAUGAUACGCCAGAAGCCUCUGAAAUAGUGUCUGCAACCUCUGAAAGCACCGGUGGCAGAGAUGAGAUGAGCCCGGUCUCUGCGGAGGCCUCUAAUGAAGGUGCUGAUUUUCACCGCGUGAGCAGUUUGAGAUAUGGUAAGUUUAGCAAUAUUGUCCAUUUCCAGGUAUUAACCCUUCCAGGCUUCAAAUACCUCCGGUCCUUUGGCAGUCGGCCAUUCGUCACUUUAGCAGUGAUUUCCGCCGUAGGAGCUCAAGCCUUGGAGAUCGGACUCCCAGCAUGGCUCUCGAUUUGGAGUGCUGUAUCAGUGAGAAACGAUGAGGAAGGUAGGGAUGGUUUUUACCUAGGAAUUUAUACAGGUAUGACAUCCCCUUCUGAUCGCGUCAGACGGCAAAUGCUGACCACAAGAGCAGGAUUCGGUUCAGCGCAAGUAGCGAUCUUGGCAGUCUCGCUGUUGUUGCUAUACUCGGGUGCUUGGCGAUCUAGUCAUGACAAGCAUAUGGAAAUGAUUUCCGCAAUCUUCGGCACCACUUACACCUGGAUCUGGAGUACCCCAGAGGGACAGGUAAUCAAUCGUUUCUCGUCUGAUAUCGCAAGCUUAGACGACACUCUGUUCAGGACUUUUCGUCCAGUUUUGGAGACAUAUCUGUCAAUUGGCCUCCGAAUUCUCACGGUGACGUCGCUUAUACCACUCUUCUUUCUGCCCUCUGUCGUGCUGUGCGGGUUUGCAAUCUACGUCGGCUACCGGUACCGUUUUGCAGCCACCGCCGUGAAGCAUCUAUACGCCGCUAGUCUCACGCCUCUGCAUCACAGUAUUGCGGAAACCGCGUCGGGCCUCAAGACAAUACACGCAUUUCGGGCCCAGGGAAUGCUACAGAAGCGCUUCAACGCGGCAGUUGAGCACCACGUCCUGGCAUGGAAUGCCGUCAGUGACCUUCAGAGGUGGCUGGCAGUACGGAUGGACAUUUUCGUCGCUUUGAUAUCAUGCUCGGCGGCAACAUUAGCCAUCUUGCGGCCGCAUUCAAGUGCACCUGUUGUUGGUCUUAGUUUGACCCUCACAACCGGCCUCUGCACGGCUCUACUUUAUCUGGUUUAUCUCUCGAGUCUUCUGGAAGUGGAAAUGGCCAGUUACCGUCGUAUCGAGAACUAUAUCCAGGAACUCCCACAAGAGGUUUCUUCCCCUAAUCUUGAUGCCUGUGCAGGAGAACAUUGGCCAACACGGGGAUUGAUAUCCAUUGAGAACUUCGGAGCCAGCUAUGCAUUGGAUGAGGAGGAGGUUCUCAAGGGUGUCAACUACAGAGCGAAUGCCGGCCAACGAACAGCUAUUGUCGGUCGAACAGGGAGCGGAAAGACUUCACUGGCACUGAGUCUGCUACGGCUGACGACGAGGACGCGUGGAUCCAUAUCCAUUGAUGGCGUUGACAUUGAAGCGGUUCCCGUUGAAAAGCUACGACAGAGCAUAAGUUUUAUCCCUCAAGAUCCCACACUGCUUGAUGGAACAAUACGUUUCAAUCUGGACUUCAACGGAGAAUAUGACGAGGGAUACCUGCAGUCCAUCCUGGAUGACGUGGCGGGUGCAAGGAAAUGGAAGCUGGAUGACACAGUCGAACUUAAUGGGAGAAAUUUCUCACAAGGCGAGAGACAGCUCAUUACCCUCGCACGAGCUAUGGUGAGCAAACACAAAAUUCUCAUCAUUGAUGAGGGGACCGCUAGCUUGGACAAAGCAAGCGAAGACCGUAUCAUGGCUGUCCUUCGGGACCGCUUCAGCGAAUGUACGGUCAUAGCCAUAUCACACAGGUUACACAGCAUUAUCGAUUUUGACCAAGUCCUCGUAAUGGGCGACGGCCAAGUGCUGGAGGCCGGAAACCCUCGUCAACUUCUCGGAGGGGAAAAUGUUUUCAAAGCAUUGUAUCUGCAGCAGUGUGGCACGGAUGCUGUGGUUAGUGGCAAUCUCAGCGACAAUCGCCAAUCAUAA